AGGUGUGUGUCGACGCGGGAGUGCUUUUUGCAAACUCAAGAUCCUCAAUCUGAACUUUAAAAUUUAGAAAAGAGAUCAUAAAGAGGUUUAAACUAAUUCACCUUUGAACUCAUAGAUUAAGAUUCAAUUAUAUAAGACGAAACAUGCUAUGCUAUUGCUUUUAAUAAGGAUAACUCAAUUGUGCUAGCAGGAUGUAAUUCGGAAAUGAAAGUAUUUCAACUUCAAUAAGGAAAAUUGAAUCAAAUAUAAUUAAUAAGCGAGCAUCAAGACAUUGUGUUCACUUUAAAUUUUAUGAAUAAGACAAAUAAUUUUAUAUCAGGAGGCUUUGAAAAUUUAAUAAUCAUUUGGGAGAUGAUAGGAAAUGACUAAUGGAUUUGUUAAUUCAAAUUAAAUGCACAUUCUUCUUUUAUAUAAAGUGUAUUAUUGAAUAAUACUGAUGAUCUCAUUAUUUCUAGUAGUCAGGAUUCAACUAUAAAAUUUUGGACGAAAUAAAAUUUAUGGUUAUGUUCUUAAACUAUAUCUGAACAUAAUGAUGGGGUAACUUCAUUGAGCUUUAAUGAGCAACAGGAUAAGUUGAUUUCAUGUUCAAAAGAAUUCAUAUUAGUAAUUGAAGAGUGUUAGUUGGAAAGAAAAUGGAGUGUAUCAUAAAAGAUAUAAUUAAAUUUAUAUGGGUAUAGAUUAUGUUUUAUUAAUAAUAAUGUAUUUACCUUUUAACCCUUUUGUAAAGGAAAAAUGUAAGUUUAUCAAUUGGAUAUUAAUAACAAACAGUACAGAAUGGCUAAAGAAAUAGCAGUAAAUUGUAGUUUAAAUUAAGAUGAAAUCUUUUUUCCAUAAUCUUACGUAAAGUCUAAAUGUCUCUUAGUAAAUAAGAAUGGCAAGAAUGUUAAUUUAAUGAGAGAGUAAGAAAAUGGUGAAUUUGUACUUUAAUAAUCUAUUGAGUUCGAUUGCCAUGAUGUUUUUGGAUAAUUAAGCAAUGAUGGAGAGUAUUUGAUAACAUGGGAUAUUGGAUCAAAAGAAAUCUAAAUAAGAAAGUAUACAGAAUUAUGA